AUUUAUAAACUCAUGCACAUAUACAUACAUACAUAUCACUCAUAUCUUAACCGAACUUAUCAAAAUGGACAAAUCUCUUUACGAAACACAGCAUGAGCCAGCGACGGUAACAUUGAAGGGACACAACUACUACAACGGCGUCCACAGACACAUCAUGGAGUACUGGCGUAAGUUUCGGGAGCGCGUGGCUGCCCGUAAUCAGACCACAGAGCUUGACGAUGAUCUGGAAACAUUGGAGGAGUAUACUCAGCGCUGGCGCUCCGUGCGCGUCAUUUACUUCACCAUGUUCUUGAUGGCUCUCGGCUUUAGCAUUAUACUCACCGGCAUUUGGCCAUUCCUGAGCGAGCUAGACCCCACUGCGGGCAAGGAGUUUAUGGGUUUGAUUGUGGCAGCUAAUCCGUUGGGCCAAAUGAUCUUCAGUCCCAUCUUCGGUCGCUGGGGCAACAAACUGGGCACCAUACGACUUCCUCUCCUCAUUUCGUUGGCGCUCUUCUCUGUGGCCAGUGCACUGUAUUCUUCAUUGGAACUUGUGAACAAUGUUAAGUACUGGAUGCUUGUCUCCCGAUUCCUCAUCGGCGUCAGCUCGGCCAACAUUGCGCUCUGCCGUUCCUAUUUGUCAGCGGCUACACGUCUUAACGAGCGCACCCAUGCCGUGUCCAUGGUGUCCCUUGCCCAGGUACUGGGCUUUAUCAUCGGUCCUGGGCUCCAGGCACUAGUGACACCGCUGGGUCGGAAAGGUCAAGUCUGGUUUUGGGGUGCCAUGCAUGUGAACAUGUACACCGCUUCCGGUUGGAUAAAUGUUAUCAUGAGCUUGGGCAACUUCGUAAUGUUUCUCCCGGGCUUCUUUGAGGAGCACAGAAUAGCCGCGCGUGAGAUCAUGGUGAUGCAGGGCGGCACAUCUGAGCGCGAAACCUGGAAGGCAAUUAAACCAAAUUACUAUUCCGCCUGGACCCUUAUUGUGGCAUUCUUCGUACUGGUCUUCAACUUUGUGUUACUAGAAACUUUGGGAACGUCGCUGACCAUGGAUAUGUUCGCCUGGACGAACAAUGAGGCGCUCUACAACAUGGGCAUUUUUAUGACCAUUGCAGCAAUUAUAUCUCUAGUUACUUUUGUACUUAUUGAACCACUUUGCAAAAUCUUUGCCGAGCGCUAUGUUCUCAUCUGGGGCGGAUUUUCGUUGAUGGUGGUGGGUCGGCUUCUUUAUAUACCGUGGGGACCGGAUCCGCCAAAGCUGGCUAUUCCUUACAAUGCCAGUUCAAAUCUCUCCCUCGAUGAUCCUUUGUAUUUGGGCUGCCCAGUCACACAGGAUUGGUGCCCAGAACUGCCAGCGUUGACAUUGACACAGUUCAUCAUUGGAUUUGCAUUAACGUCCGUUGGCUAUCCAAUUGGCGUUACUCUUAUACAAACAAUAUUCUCCAAGGUACUUGGUCCCCGACCGCAAGGGGUGUGGAUGGGUAUUAUGACAGCUGCAGGCUGUCUAUCUCGUGUGAUGGGCCCUGUUUUCGUUGGCUCCAUUUACACACGUUUGGGUACUUACUGGACGUUCGGUUUUACAUCUAUUAUGAUGCUCGUUUCUAUGAUAUGGCUGCUGUUCAGCAAUCGUGUACUUAUUCCACCAGUAUUUGAGAAACCACCGAUAGCUAUGCAGGUGAUACAUCCGAAAGAUAAACUAAACGAUGCCACGCCUAACGAAGAGUCAGAUGAGCUGUUGGAAUCAAAGACGAUACGCAUAGUGCCCUCAUCCCAGGCAUAGCAGCAUCGUGGACUUUAAUAUAUUAUCCCAAUGACUGCCUUUAGUAUAGACAUUCACUAUGAAUUUAUAGACAUAAAAUAUAUUUUGCUAGUAA